AUGUUACUUGGCGACUCGGGCGUGGGGAAAACCUGCUUCCUGCUCCAGUUCAAAGAUGGGGCCUUUCUCUCCGGGACGUUCAUAGCCACCGUGGGCAUAGAUUUUCGGAACAAAGUGGUGGCUGUGGAUGGCGUGAAGGUGAAGUUGCAGAUCUGGGACACGGCAGGACAGGAGCGUUUCCGCAGCGUCACCCACGCCUACUACAGGGAUGCCCAAGCCCUGCUCCUGCUCUACGAUAUCACCAGCAAGAUGUCCUUUGACAACAUCCGCGCCUGGCUGACGGAGAUCCACGAGUACGCCCAGAAGGAUGUGGUCAUCAUGCUGCUGGGCAAUAAGGCCGACGUGAACAGCGAGAGGGCCGUGAGGAUGGAGGAUGGAGCGUCACUGGCCAGGGAGUACGGCGUGCCUUUCAUGGAGACGAGCGCCAAGACGGGCAUGAACGUGGAGCUGGCCUUCCUGGCCAUUGCCAAGGAGCUGAAGCAGCGUGCGGUGCAGCUACCGGAUGAGCCGCGCUUCCAGAUCCACAACUACAUUGAGUCGCAGAAGAAGAAAUCCAGCUGCUGUGCUUUUGCCUGA